UUACAGAUGAAGAAAUUCUUUUGGUUCACACAGCGUCACUUUCAGUCGGAGUAGGACGUGAUUUUGUGUCAGGGAGGCAGAGGAGGACGGUUCCCGAAACGAGAGUUAGACCUGUUUGGCUAGAGAUGCAAGCUUGCUUCUGGUGGAAUUUGGUACACCUGCUUUCCUGCCACAGGUUAAAAGAUGGAGGCUGGCUCAGUGGUUCGAGCCAUCUUUGACUUCUGCCCUAGUGUGUCAGAAGAACUGCCACUCUUUGUGGGAGAUAUUAUUGAGGUAUUGGCAGUGGUGGAUGAAUUUUGGCUUCUAGGAAAGAAAGAGGAUGUGACAGGACAGUUCCCCAGCAGUUUUGUAGAAGUUGUUACCAUUCCCAGUCUAAAAGAGGGUGAGAGACUCUAUGUCUGUAUCUGUGAAUUUACAUCCCUAGAGCUGAACAGUCUUCCUCUCCAUCGAGGUGACCUAGUGAUUCUCGAUGGCACUCUCACUGGUGGCUGGCUGCAGGGCCGAAACUGCUGGGGUGCCCGGGGCUUCUUCCCAGCCUCAUGUGUUAGGGAGCUCUGCCUCUCCUCACAGAGUCAGCAGUGGCACUCACAGAGUGCUCUUCUCCAGAUUCCCGAAUAUUCCAUGGGACAAGCCCGGGCGCUGAUGGGGCUUUCUGCCCAGCUGGAUGAGGAGCUGGACUUCAGAGAAGGGGAUGUGAUUACCAUUAUUGGAAUUCCUGAGCCAGGCUGGUUUGAAGGGGAACUAGAGGGUCGAAGAGGCAUUUUUCCAGAAGGUUUUGUAGAGCUUUUGGGGCCCCUGAGGACUGUGGAUGAAUCGGUAAGUUCUGGAAAUUGUGAUGAUGGCAUUAGUAACGGUGAGGUAGACACCAGUACAGCAGAAGAGAAAGAGGCAGAAGAGGACAGUGAGCAGCCGGGCACCUACGGAAUUGCCCUCUACAGAUUCCAGGCCCUGGAGCCAAAUGAGCUGGAUUUUGAAGUAGGUGAUAAAAUCCGAAUCCUGGGCACCCUGGAAGAUGGCUGGCUCGAAGGGUCACUGAAGGGCAGGACAGGCAUCUUUCCUUACCGUUUUGUAAAGUUAUGUCCUCAAACAAGGGUGGAGGAAACCAUGGAUCUGCCACAGGAGAGCAACCUCACCAACAUUCCUGACACACCUUUGGACUGUUCGGAGAACUCCUUAGAAGCAGAAGGAAAAAGACAUGAAUUUCAUGAGUAUAAAGCAGAGAAGUCCAACUGUGUUAUUUCUGAAACAUCCACUUCUACCCUGGAGCACCUGACUUCUGAGUGUGAAGAAAGUAAACAGUCUCACUGGGACACGGACCCCUCAGGAGGGCCCCCGAGAAGCCCAAGUGCAGGGCACGAGCAGCUUCUUGUCAAAUGGUCUUCCACGAAGGAUCCUUCAGAGGUUGUCAAUGGUGUUGCGUCCCAACCUCCACUACUUUUUCAUCCUGAAUUGCAGAGAAACCAGUAUUAUUCUAUGAGAGGAGGAAGCCACCCGAGCCCAGACCAGUAUUCUGACUCUCUCCCUCUAGAAGCAAGGACUCGAGACUACUCCAGCCUACCUCCCAGAAAAACUUCAUAUUCCCAGCCGAAAACCCUGCAGAAGCCAGGGCCACCUCCUCACAGCACCUCUUCCCUCACUGCCUCCAGGGCAGUCAGACCCAGCCAGUUGAGCUCUCAGCUCCAGGGCCUGGCAAGAUGUGUAAAGAAGCACUGCACACCCAAAGAAAGUGCUUCCAGCUUCUGCUCCGCCCCAGACAGAUCAGAGAUGAAGCCUGGUCUGCAAGACAAGGCACCUGCCCUGGAAGCCAUGACACAGUCACAAGGAGAAGGCAGCACGGACCUGGAUUCAAAGUUGACACAACAACUGAUAGAGUUUGAGAAGAGCUUGUCAGGGCCCUGCCCAGAACCAGAUAAAAUUUUGCGCCACUUUUCAAUCAUGGACUUUAACUCCGAAAAGGAUAUUUUCCGAGGUUCCUCGAAGCUAAUGACUCAGCAGGAGUUGCCUGAAAGAAGAAAAGCUCUAAGGCCCCCACCGCCCCGUCCCUGUACUCCAGCAUCCACUCCUCCGCAUGUGCUGGGAGACCAGAACCUGAGACUGGAUCCACCCUUGGCAAUGAGACCCUCUCGCCCAGCUCCCCUGCCUCCCUCGGCCCAGCAGAGAACAAAUGCAGUACCCCCCAAGCUCUUAAUCUGUAACCGUCCUGGCUGGGAGAGCCUAGAAAAGGAGGGCCCUGAGAACAUGGACAAGACUUUGGACCAAACUUCCCAGUGUCCCUUGGUCUUGGUGAGGAUUCAGGAGAUGGAACAGGACUUGGAUAUGUGCCGCAGGGCUCAGGAAGACCUCAACUUACUGCUGGAGGAGAAGCAAGAGGAAUCACUGAGGGCAGAGACCCUUCAGAAUCUUGAGUUCUAUGAGAGUAACAUUGAGAGUUUGAACAUGGAACUCCAACAACUUAGAGAAAUGACGCUUCUCUCCUCCCAGUCUUCAUCACUGAUGGCCCCUUCUGGUUCUGUGUCCACUGAAAACCCAGAGCAAAGGAUGCUAGAGAAGAGAGCCAAGGUGAUAGAGGAACUUCUUCAGACGGAAAGAGACUACAUCCGGGAUCUGGAGAUGUGUAUUGAGCGGAUCAUGGUACCCCUGCAACAGGCACAGAUACCAAACAUUGAUUUUGAGGGGCUUUUUGGAAAUAUGCAGAUGGUGAUUAAGGUCUCAAGACAUUUACUGACUGAUCUGGAAAUCAGCGAUACCAUAG